AUGGCAGACUUUGCUCUAGCUAAUUUGAUGAGUAGGCCACACUCGGUCACUCCCAGGAGAAGUAUACAAGCUCAUACACAAGCCCCUCUUACACGUACACGCAGUGUUAGUCUAAACAAUAACCUUGUAAGCUCAGGUGCGAAUUUAAAUAUACCAUACGGCUGUAGUGCGUCGCGAUCCACUACCGUGAGAUCUGGCCCUUCCAGUAACGAUCAUUUGUCACCCAUCAAUAGCAAUCGUGGCAGAACUAGUCAGCCCAAUUUGCAAUCUAAUUUUUCGCCUACUAAUAGAGCAAGCUAUAUCGAUGCACCUACACCACACGAGCAAGAUGAUACGGGGAGCUCUGUGUUCAGAUCACUGGUCAAUUGCGGAGCGGAUUCGAGUUCCGAGGAAGAUGUCGUUGAGACUGUGCAAUUAUCGGCGUCGACUGAGACGUUUGACUCGGCUGUAUUGGCCAGUGAGAAAAGUACGGAGUUUACGGCGAUGAGAAAGCUGAACAAAAACCUGGCAACGACAGUAUUAUCGCACUCGGCCAAUCGCAGACUUCGCUCGGGCGAUAGCCUCAACGCUGUGAUUGAUAUGCAAGUACACAAUGGCUUUGAAUAUAUACGAAUUUAUGCGAUUAUCACGUGCACAAUGAUUACAAAGAAAGACAGCCAUGAGAUAGUUAUGGGCAGGCAUCCAAUACGAGAAAAUCCAGGAAAAUUUGGGGUAGGAAGAUAUUCGAUUCCAGUGGUCGUUGAUGUUCCAGAGGGACCGCCUACCAUGGCUUGGAAUUCCCCUGACUUACGAUACAAGAUAGAGUAUAAACUAAAGAUUGUAGUCGAGAAGUUCUUGGGGACCGCUGUCAGCGUAUCGGAUACAGCUAAUAUUCUACUGUGCGAGACGGUGCUCGAUCAUGAAACGGAUGUAUUUCGUAGUACAAUACUGGUUGCAGAAACCACCGUUGUGGGGAAGAAAGAAUUGAGCAUGACGGCACAGUGUGAUAGUAUGCUUCCGUUUGGAGACGAUAAGGAGCCACUCCGGGUCAAUGUCAAUCUCAACAACCCGGCUGGUAGGAGGAUUGAGUCCGUUCAAGUGAAGUGUCGACAGGAGCUGAGAUGUUUUGUGCAGCCGGAUGAUAGCGCAAUCAAGGCGGAGGUUGUACCUGCUCGUGCGUUGUUGCAAUCUGUUGCACCUCUGCGGCGGUUAUCAACCAGGGCGCGAGAGACCGAUUCUUCGAACACGAAGAGUGCUAUGGAUGAGGUUGCAAACAAAAUACUCUAUCCUCACGAGAUGCGAAAGAAGUACAACCGACCGGAGGGAUUACGCUACUAUAGCGAUUUUCAGAAGACUCAAAAGAUUGUAGACAGUAAGGAGCAAAACAUCGAUCUGGUAAUGGUUCUCCAUCCGUCAGAUGCCGACUUCAGGUUUGAUGUUAAAGGUUUUCCAUAUAACUUGGCACAUCGCUUGUACAAAUCUGUGGAGGGAGAAGGGGAGCAUGCCUCUACCAAGACCAAAUAUGAACUCGGUGCGACGUUUGACUUUGCGUGCGAGAAGUUCGAAGUAUCUACCAAGUAUUUUGUGAACAUCAAAGCCAUCGUGAACGACGGAAUAGGCCAGAAAGCUGUGCUGAGGGCGCAGUUGCCCGUUACCUAUGUAUCCGAGUACAUGGAUUGA